UCUCUCUCUCUCUCUCUCUCUCUCUCUCUCUCUCUCUCUCUCUACCCGACUCUAGGACCUUUCCUUGCAAUGCUUGUAUGGUUGAGUCAAAAAGGUUAAGGCUGCGGAUAGCACAGAACCAGGGGAGGGCAACCGCCGCCAACCCAAUCUCGGUGACAUUAUGCUUUCAUCCGAUCCAUGUUUCCACAUACCCACCGCCAGAUUCGACUGAUACGAUGAACCAAGGUACAUACCGGGCUGGUAUUCCUCGCUCUUCUUCUCCUCGCCAACCAGCCGACGUGGACGGGCUGCCUAAGUGUCAGUCAUCCCCGUAUGCGGCCCGCCAGAAACCAACCCCACCCCCCUGGUCUUGUUCUCAUCUUUCCCCACGUGGAGUAUCUAGAUCUCACGAUUCGUGUCGAUCAUUGACUGGGAAAGCUGAGAUGAGAAUGGGCCGGGUAGUCCGCCGGCGGUUUGCGUGUUGUUGAUUGGCUUCGAGACUAACCAGACAUCGCUAGACUACGCAUCUUGCACCCAGAAGUCGCAUAUCGAUGAUGAUAUCGACUUUUUUUUUUCCCCCUUUCCCGCACGGUGAAACAUGGGAUUUCUCUAGCUUCUGCCCCGUUUGCCUGCGGGGAAAAC